UUUUGAUCAGACUUCAUUUCCUUGGUUUAUUCAUUAGCAGUAUUAGUAUUAUUAUUAUUAGUAGUAGUACUACAGAUUUAUGUAUAUAUUUACUAUAUAUAAUAAAUCUUUGGAGAUACUGCCACCUGGUGUUCGUUUGCCGUCACCUCCCUUUUAGUCAAACAUAACAGUAUAAUCCGGCCAAUUGAUUAGGGACCUGACGGCCGAGUACCUUAGCCCUGCCCCAGUGACUUUCGUUCAGCCCCCCCUGAAUUUUUUUUCUUUCUCCUCCUCUUCUCCCAUUCACUGUCUUUUUCUUUUUUCUUUUUUUGCUCCACACGGGAGGAUUUGUCUUGUCCCGUCAACAUGUCUUGGAAGGGGAUGUUCAGUAGCAAUAUUAGCAAAGAGGAAUUUUCUCGUCGCCUGGACACCCUCUUCCCACCCUUAGAGACUGUUCCUCAGUCUGCAGGAAGCGUCUGGCAUCCAAUUUUGGAGGGGGGGGAUAGUACUGGUGACUGUGCUGGUGUGGCGGCGCAGUGGCACCCAGACAGGCUACCCCCUGCCAAACUAAUUCCACCUGUCUUCCGCUUUUCUCAGCCACAGCCACCAGUUCCCUGGCUAGCCUCCGAACUAGCACCAGUUCCCUGGCUAGCGACCGAGCUAGCUCCAGUCCCCAGACUAGCCUCUGAGCUGGCACCAGUCCCCAGGUUAGCGCCCGAACUAGCACCAGCCCCACAGCUAGCCUCCGAGCUAGCGUCUGUCCCCGAGCUAGCCCCUGAGUUAGCACCAGCCCCACAGUUAGCCCCCGAGCUAGCGACAGUCCCCGAGCUAGCCUCCGAGCUAGCGGCAGUACCCGAGCUAGCAGCAGUACCCGAGCUAGCGGUAGUCUCCGAGCUAGCCUCCGAGCUAACGGCAGUCCCUGAGCUAGCACCCGAACUAGUGCCAGCCCCAAGGCUGAACCCCUCGUUUCCACCAGCUCCCUGGCUGGCCCCUGUGUCUCCACCAGCUCCCAGGCUGGCCUCGACCUCUGCCCCUCGGCCUGUAGCGCCGACUUCAGUACAUCGGCCAGCUCCUCAGCUGCCCUCCUCGUCUUUGGCUUUGACGUCUGCUGCUUCCACGCCGCAGAUGACGUCCGCUGCCUUCACGCCGCCGUCUUCCUAUGCCUCUACGCUUCAGACAUCACCUCCUCGUUUCUGGCGAGACGCACCAUGGCGUCACUCGCGUCCGCCUCCACGACUUCCAAGAUGGUGCCCGUUACUUGGUUGCCCGCCUCGCCGGCGUCAGCUGCAUUCUACUCGCCGUCGCCACCAGACUCGUCCCCGGUGGAUUCGGGGACACUUGGGCUGGCGACCCACCACCAGUUCGCCCCUCCGCCCUCCCUUGACUUUUGUUCCUGUGCUCUUGGUGUUUCGACCUGUGGGACAUCUGGAAGCUGUCCAUAAGAAGGGGGGUACUGUUACGGUUCAGACCCCUGCCAGCGCCGCUCGUCCAUCUGUGCGCCACUCGGGGCACGCCCACGGGCGCACACAUCCAGGAACGAGCCGCGCGCGUCCCCGCCCUGCAGCAGCUGCCAGCUGCAAUCAGUCACCUGCAAACUUCACACCUGAUGGUAAUGACGGAGCUGCCUUUAUAGACCUGGACAACCUGCCAUCACGGGCCGGAUUAUAGCCAUCUGUACCUGACUCUUCCCGUGUUUCUCCUGGAUCCCCUGUUGUUCCCCUUGCCCCCCGGACUGCCUUUUGGAUUCUCGACCUCCCGCUUGGACACGUUUUCCCACGGACUUCCGCGUUACUUCACUUCCGUCAACAUUUUGGUAAGACAUCCUUCAGCUAAUCUACACACAUAGCC